UGCCAACACAAGUAUUGUAGCAAUGAGAAGUCGCGUACCUUGUGUUUAUUUAUGAUUGUAGUUUUGUUUUUAUAUAAAUUUUAAUAUACUUUAAUAAUUCUAAGAAGCAGGUGUCAAAAUGUUAGUUCUUUUCGAAACGCCGGCAGGAUAUGCUAUUUUUAAGGUACUCGAUGAAAAUAAAUUGGCCAAAACCGAUAACCUGUACCUGGAUUUUGAAACACCUGAAGGAGCUAGUAAAAUCCUUAAACUUAAACAUUUUGAGAAGUUUGCCGAUAUGACGGAAGCUCUAGCUGCUACAACAGCAGCUAUCGAGGGCAAACUAUGUAAAUCUUUGAAGAAGUUAUUGAAAAGACAGUGCUCCGAAGUUCAAGAACAAAUAGCUGUUGCGGAUGCUAAGCUUGGAAAUGCCAUUAAAGACAAAUUAAAUUUAGCUUGCGUUAGCAAUACAUCGAUACAGGAAUUAAUGAGGUGUAUAAGAAGUCAAAUGGAUGGUCUGUUAGGUAAUUUACCUAAAAGAGAUAUUACAGCAAUGGUGUUAGGUUUGGCUCACAGUUUAUCUAGGUAUAAAUUGAAGUUUUCUCCAGAUAAAAUUGAUACUAUGAUUAUUCAGGCUGUAUGUCUUCUGGAUGAUCUUGACAAAGAAUUAAAUAAUUAUGUUAUGAGAUGCAGAGAAUGGUAUGGCUGGCAUUUUCCUGAAUUGGGCAAAAUUAUUACCGAUAACAUUGCGUUCGUUAAAACGGUAAAGAUCAUUGGAACCAGAGAGAAUGCUGUUCAGUCCGACUUGUCAGACAUUUUACCAGAAGACAUCGAAGAGAAAGUUAAAGAAGCUGCAGAAAUAUCUAUGGGAACAGAAAUUUCACACGACGAUAUUAUUAACAUACAACACUUGUGCGAUCAGGUAAUAGAAAUCUCUAAUUAUAGAGCUCAGCUGUACGACUAUCUCAAAACUCGCAUGAUGGCUAUGGCGCCAAAUCUCACAAUUUUAGUCGGCGAUUUAGUAGGCGCACGUCUCAUUUCUCACGCUGGUUCGCUGAUUAAUCUCGCUAAGCAUCCGGCAUCAACCUUACAAAUCCUCGGUGCUGAAAAAGCUCUUUUCCGAGCUCUUAAAACCAAAAAGGACACUCCAAAAUACGGUCUCAUCUAUCACGCUCAACUCGUUGGUCAGGCGACGACCCGCAACAAGGGAAAGAUGUCGCGUAUGCUCGCCGCCAAGGCGGCCCUCUGCACGAGGGUCGACGCUCUCGGAGAGGAUGAGUCGUUCGACCUUGGGACCGAGCACAAGGUAAAGCUCGAGGCCCGGUUGCGGAUCCUCGAGGAGGGUAACAACAUGAGGAGAAUAAGCGGCACAGCCAGGGCCAAGAGCGCCUUCGAGAAGUUCCACACGAAGAGCCAAGUGCUGGAGUACCCGGCCGCGGCCGAUUCCACGAUUCCUAAUGUCAAACGGCGAAUAUCAGAGGUCGAGGACAGAAAGCCGCUUAUCGAGGAACUCGGCACAGAGGUCGAGAGUCCCGAAAAGCCGAAAAAGAAAAAGAAGAAGAUCGAACCCGAGGCCGAGGAGAAUAAGGACGAGGAGAAGUUCGUGCUUGAGCCGGAGGAGGCGCCUACAAAGAAAAAGAAGAAGAAGAAGAAGAUGAAGGAGGAGGAGGAGGAGGGGGAGACGGUGGUGGAGGUGCUGCCGGAAGUGAAGCAGGAAAUUGAGGAGACGCCCAUGGACGUGGAGCUUGCUCCUCAUGAAAUCAAGAAGAAAAAGAAAAAGAAGAAGAAGGAAAAUGCAGACGAAGUGGAAAACAAUCAAAUAGCUGAUGAGAAAUCAGCACCAGUUAAUAAGGAAAAGAAAAAGAAAAAAAAGGGGAAAGAGAAGGAAGUUGAAUAAUUGUAGUUAAGAAAAAAAAAGACCUUUACUUUUUUUUUCUCUUGUCUAGUAAUAAGAUUUAUUCAUCGCAAU